AUGGUAAACAAAACUCAAAAGGGAGAUGAAGGGUGUGAUGGGGGAUCGAAGCAGACAGAUUUAAAUAAGGAAACUAUAGGAGAAAAAAUAAAAGGGGAAAAUGCAAAAUUAUAUGAAUGGUAUAUUAGUAAAAAUAUCGAAGAAAAAAAGAAAAAUAAUAUAGAUAUAAAAAAAAAUAUAGAAAAGUAUUUUGAAGAUGCUGAACUAACAGGAAAUGUGGAAGAAUAUAUAAACGUUAUAUGCAGAAUAAAAAAUAUGAUAAAUAAUGAUGAUAAAAUAAAAAAUGAAAAUAAUAUAAAUGACGAAAAUAUAGAUAUUAUAAAAAAAGUUGCAAAUACAAAAUUAGUAAUUGAUACAUAUCAAAUGGGUACAAAAAGUGGUGUAAAUUUUGAAUACACAUAUGAUAGAGUAUAUGAUAUAAAUAAUAAUAAUAAUAUGAUUUUUAACGAUUAUAUAAUAAAUAAUAUAAAAAAUAUAUUUCAAGGUAUAAACUGUAGUAUAUUAGCUUAUGGGCAAACAAAUAGUGGAAAAACACAUACAAUGUUAGGAAAAUUAGAAUAUCUUCACAAUUUAUUUAAGUUAUAUGCAGAUGAUAAAAAUAAUGAUGUAAUAAAAAACACAAACUUUAAAGAUGAUAAAGAUAAUAAUAUUCAUAAAAUAAAAAUAUCAUAUAAUGAGCUAACUAAUUGUAUUGUUAAUGAGCAAGAAGAUAUUGGAUUAAUAUUACAUUGUAUUAAUUACAUAUUUAUGUAUAUAGAUUACCAUGAAAAAAAAAAAAAAAUGAUAAAUGAAUUAAAAACAGAUGAGUCUUUAAGUAAUAAACAUAAUAGAAAAGAAUUUAUAGUUACAUUAUCUAUAAUAGAAAUAUAUAAUGAAGUUAUAUAUGAUCUUAUUAGUGGUGAAAAAAAUUUGUCAGUUAACAUGAUUGAUCCAAAUAAAAAUGAAUUUGUGAUAAAAAAUUUAAAAGAAGUUGAGAUUGAAAAUGUGAUUAAUGCUUUACAAUAUUUAGAAGAGGGAGUAAAAAAUCGUAAAAUAGCUUUUACUCAUAUGAACAAAGCAUCAUCUAGAUCCCAUUUAAUUUUUAUAAUAAAAAUUAAUAGAUAUAUAUAUGAAACAAAUAGUAUUAGAUGUGGGAAAUUAUGCCUUGUUGAUUUAGCAGGUAGUGAAAGAUUAAAACAAACAAAAGCUACAGGAUCUAUACAAAUUGAAACAACUAUGAUAAAUAAAAGCUUAAGUGUCCUCAGUAAAGUUAUUAAUGCUUUGGCUGUAAUGCAAAUUAAAGAAAAAAUAGACAAAAAUAACAAAGAAAAAAUUCGAGAAAAUAACGAAAUAUCAGAACAAAAAGAACCUAAUGAAAUAGAAGAUCUAGAUGCAAAAAAAGAAGAUAAUAAUAAGGAGGCACAUCUACCUAAACGCAUAUCUAAUACAACAAAAAAAGUUAAAUGUGAUGGAACAAGCAAUAAUAUGUAUAUACCAUAUAGAGAUUCAAAAUUAACCAGAGUACUUUCAGAUAGUUUAGGAAAUAAUUGUAAAAGUAUACUUAUAUGUACAAUUUCAUCGCAAUUAAAAUAUUUAAAUGAAACAGCUUCUACAAUUAAAUUCGCACAAAGAGCUAAAAUGGUAAAAGCGAAACCAGUGAUAAGAGAAGAAAAAUUGGAAAUAAAAUCUGAACCAGGAAAGUUGGAUAAUAAUAAAGAAAAUAAAAAUGAUGAUAAUAAAGGGGAAGAUAAAAAUUUUGAUAUAUUUGUUAAUUUUAACAAAAAACAUAUAACAAAAGAUAUAUUAUUUUUUUCAUAUAGUUUAUGUAUUUUUAGUUAUAUUUGUGGUUUUAAAAGUACAGGAAAAGUAAAAUAUCUAGACUUUUUUAUAGAAUCAUAUAAAAAUAAAAUAAAUAUAAUAAAAGAACAACUAAAUAAAAAUACAUCUAAUAACGAAAUAAAUGAAUGCAUUUUAAAAACUUUUGAUGAUUUAAAACUACUUACUGAAGAAGAAAAAAAGAAAUUUACAAAUUUUAUUCCAAAUAAAAUAGACACAAAUAAAAUCGAGGAGAAAAUUCACAACUCUGAAAAAGAGAAAAAUAAUGAAGAAGGUACAGAAAAAUUAACACAUCAAAAUUUGAACAAAAUCAAUUGUAAUACAAAUUUAUCUAAACUUAUAAAAAAUGAUGAAAAUCAUGAAGAAGAUGAUGAUCCUUUAAUAGGAGAUAUUUUAGUAAAAAUGAAAAAUGAUAUAUGUAAUAUUAUUAAGUUUAAUUUAAAAAUUUUAAAAGAUGUGAUGAAACCAGAUGAAAUGACACUUGAUGAAAUGAUAGAUAUUGUAAAUACAAUGAAAGAUAAUAAUAACAUUUUUUUAUUAAAUGAACUUAACCAAAUAGAUGAAAAAAAUAAUCCAGAAAAAGAUGAAAAAUCAGAUCAUGAAAUCCAUGGACUGACAAAUUGUCAUAGUAAUAAUAACAAUCCUGGAGAAAUUGUAAAAAAUAAAAAUAUUCAAAAAUAUUCAAAAGAAAUAAAUAUAAAAGGAGAUAAAAAACGUAGUGAUAUGAAAAAAAAAAAAAAUAAAAUAUCAGAAAUAGAGGAAAUAAAUCAAGAUAAUAAAAUAUGCUUACAAAAUGCAAAUGGAGACAAAAAUAUAUUAUCUGUGGCAUUAAAUGGACAAAAAUGGAAAAAUCUUAAUGGAUAUUGUGAUAAAAAUAUGAAACAUUUAUAUUUCGCUAGAAAUAUAUUAAGCAUAAAAAAUAUUCAAAAUAUAUUUAAUUACAUAAAUAAUAAUUAUACCAAAUUUAUAAAUGACUUUACUACAGAUAAAAGUACUGUAUUCACAAAUUUUGAUUUAAAAGAAAAUUUAGAUAGACAAGUUAUUGAAAAAAAUAAUACGAUUUAUAAUUUUAUUCAUUCUGCUACUAUGUUUCAAAAUAGUGGAACGUUAAAAAAUUUGAAUAGUAAUUAUAUUAUAAAUAAAAUGCAAACAGAAUUUUUUAAUAAUAAUUGCAAUCAUCAAAAUAUCAAAUGUGUAAAAAAUAUGAAUGAAAACUAUUAUCAAAGUAAAGAUUUUGAAGGAAUACAAGAAUAUCCCAAUAAUAAUAAUACUGAAAAAAUUUUGAUAAACAGUCAGACAUAUAAAUCAAAGUUUCAUCUUUCUGUAACAGAUUUACAACAUUUGGAUCCAUCUAAAUCUGUAGAUGCGUCAAAAAUAGAAACAGAAAAAAAUGUAAAAUUUUCAACAAUAGAAAAUGCAUCUAAUAUAUCUAUUACUAAUGAAAUUGAUAAACAAAAAAAUAUCGAACAAAAUGGAAACGAAUUAAACCGAAAUUAUAAAUCAGAAUCACUAUUAACUCUUUUCAGUUCUGAGAAAAAAAAUUCUGUACAUUUCGAGCCACCAAAAACAUAUCCAAAAAUAGAUUCUAAAAAAGGCCCAACUAAACAAAGUAUUCAUGUUUCUAAAAAUGAAGAAUAUUUUGUCGAAUUUGAAAAACUUUUGGAAAAUGAUGAUUUUAAAAAAUUAUACGAAUAUAUAAUUGAUAGAGAUAAUAAAUCGGAUGAAAAUAAUAUUGCAACAAAUUUAAAAGUACCUGAUGAAUUAUUAGAUGAUGAUGUAUUGAAACAAUUAGAAUCUAAAAUAAAUGAUGAAAUUCAAAAAAUAAAUAAUAAUAUAAAUGUUGAUAUUUGUUCUAAAAAAAAAGGAAUCGACAAAAUAAAUAGACACAAACAGAAAAAUGUAAAUGAAUCAUCUUCAAUUUUUUGUAAUCGUAAAAGUAAUAUAAUAAGCAGUGAAUCAUCAAAUGACGCUUCGAGCUACAAUAAUAAUAGAAGCAAUAAUAAUGUUCGUUAUAGAAAAAAAAAAAUUAAAAAAAAUAUCUUAAAUAAAAAUAAUAAUGUAUUAGGAAAUCCUUAUAUAAGUAAUACAGAUAUAUCCUAUUUAGAAACAAAAAGAAAUGCUAAUGUAUUCUUUAAAAAUUUAUUUAAUAUGAUUAAAAAUUUUUUUAAUUUGGGAAAUGAUCAAUUUUCUACUAACGAACCAAUUGAAAUUAAUAUUCCCGAAAUAAUUAACAAUGAAUUAUUAUAUAAUAAAAAGUUUUUAGAAAAAAAUUUAGAAUCUUAUAAUAUCAGAAAUUUUCAAAUUAAUAAUAAAAAAAUGUAUCUUUUAAAUGAAUCAGAAUAUGCACAUUUAAAAGAAUUAAUAAAUUAUAAAAACAAAAUGUUAUACUUUUUGAAUCUAGAAUACAAAAAAUAUAAACUCUCAGCAUGA